AUGAAGCUGCUGCUUCUCCUGUUGGUGGUGUGGAGCGCAGCGCUGACGCCCGUCCUCUGUGCCUUUACCGCUUCGGUGAAAGAUAUCGUCGACGGCCUGGCAGACACCUUUCUGGAGCGAGUAGGACCAGUCUCAAGGACAGAGCUCAGGGAUCAGCUGCAGCACGUCAGUAUCACGACGACAGAGCUCAGGGAUCAGCUGCAGCAAGUUGAGCAGAAAAUAACCGACCUCCAGGCACGCCAGACAGCGGAUCAACAGCAACUUCAGCAACAGCUGGAAGAAAUUCAACGUCAGCUACCUCCUCCGACACGAACCCCCGGAGCUUGCCCUGCCAACUGGAUUCGCAGAGGAAACAGCUGCUUCCUAAUAUCCCCCACCAAAGCGACCUGGCUGGAGGCACACCAGGGCUGUGCGUCUUACGACCCCAGAGCGAGACUGGCGUCCAUCCACAACAGCAACAAGGACCACAUUCUUAGUCUGCCGAGCGACAGUGAAGAGGAGGACGUCUGGAUUGGGCUGUUCAGACGGUUUGGUGGCAACUCCUGGGCCUGGGUAGACGGUACACCGGUGGAUUAUACCAGCUGGAAAAAUGGAGAGCCCAAUAACAGAUGGGGGAAAGAGGAUUGUGUGACACUGUAUAAACUGAUUAUACCCGGAAAGUGGAACGACCGGGAGUGCACGGGUCAGUACCCUUUUCUGUGCCAAAUCGUACUGAAUUGA